GUGUGUGCGCGCGCGGCGGUGUGUGCCAGGCAGCUGCGUGCCGUCCGUGGGCUUGUGUGUGUGUGUGUAUGCCGUGAAUUUGAGCGUGUGUGUUUAUAUGUAUAUGUGCGUUGGCGCGCGUGCCCCGUCGUGUCAGUGGUGUGGUGUCGGUCGUGUGUCGCGUCGUCGUCUCGCCGCGGUCGCUCCGAGCUCGCCGGCCGCCCUUCUUCCCAGUUGGAUUCACGUCGCUCGUACUUCUUUUCUGUUUCUUAUCAUCUUUAUUAUUUCGUAUUAAUCAAUUACGGUUAUUUAGUCGUGUUAUCGCUCUCGUUAUCUUCUAUCUUUGUUGUUGUUUGUAGCUGAAUUAACACGUGCUGUUCCAACGGAUAAAAAAAAUACGGUUAUUAUAAAUAUUUGAUAAUUGCUAACCGAUAGACAACGGUGUGGCAGCCAGUAACCUUAUUUGCCCACACACGUUCGCCCCAAUCUCUUCGCCUUGCAUAGCGUCCGGUCUUAUUCCACAGUGGUGUCUUCGUCGGCCGGCCACCGCCACAGACGCUUGGCCGCGCCGCCGAGUGAUGCAACAGCAAUGCGGAUUUUGCGCUGCUGUGUCCGACCUGUUCAGGAGGAUCAUGUGUUUUAGUGGCAGCAGGAGGGGUAGUGAUCAGUCGUAUUAUCACGAACUUGACAACGACGAUCCCCAAACAGCCCUAGUGACUGCCGUCGAUCCAACAAAUACUUCUCCUCAUUCUCCAGAUGUUAUCUACAUUCGACUUAGAGAUGACUCUCCCACAGAUGAUCGGUGCAAACGUAGAUCGCGGCUAUUAUCCGAGGGUGAAGUGGUGCUUUUGGAAUCGGUUGCCCUUUGUGGAAAGCGACUUCCAAACGGUCGAUUUCUUACAAUGCAUAAACGUAGGCGGAAAAAACUUACCACCAGAUCUCUGUCCAAUGAUACCGCACCAGCAUUGUUGGACGAUAUACACCACGGCCAAGUUCGGUGUGUAUUGAAACAUGUAUGGAAAUGGCCAUUCAACGCUUUUGCGUUAGAUACAGCUACAGGGGGAAGAUCACUACCAGUACUUUGCGUUCAUCUUUUUCAUUGGUAUGGUCUAAUGGAAUAUUUCAAACUAGACGUAGUUCAAGUGUGGAAACUUUUUAGUCUAAUAGAAGAAGGGUACCACAGCACAAAUCCUUACCAUAACGCUAUUCACGCGACGGAUGUGACACAGGCGAUGCACUGUUUCCUACAAGAGGACAAGAUCAAAAACUUCCUGACUCCAUUGGAAAUUAUGGCAUCUCUCAUUGCGGCUGUCGCUCAUGAUCUCGAUCACCCUGGCGUCAAUCAACCAUUUUUGAUCGCUACCAGUAAUCAUCUUGCUACACUAUAUGAGAAUACUUCAGUUUUGGAGAACCAUCACUGGAGAUCUGCAAUCGGAUGUCUUCUGGAGAGUCAUGUUGCAGAAAAACUUAGUCCUAUUCGCCGCGAGUUGGAAUCUCAGAUAAGUUCAUUGAUUUUAGCUACGGACAUCACGAGGCAACCCGAAUUUCUUCAAAAAUUUAAUGAUCAUAUGGAAAAAAACGAACUAGAUAUGAAUGAUCCUAAACUUCGUCAUUUCAUUUUACAAAUAGCACUGAAAUGUGCAGAUAUAUCGAACCCCUGUCGUCCAUGGGAUGUUAGCCGUAAGUGGAGUCUUAAAGUGUGUGAUGAAUUUUUCAGACAAGGUGACUAUGAAAGGCAAUUAGGCUUACCAGUCACUGAUAUCUGUGAUCGAUAUAACAAUACUGUGCCAAAAAUACAGACUGUGUUUUUUAAGUUUAUGGUAUUGCCUUUGUUUAACUUAUGGCACAAAUUCCUUGAUACUAAACUAUCUCACUCUAUGAUGACAAAUUUAAAAGAAAAUCAGCGUCGUUGGGAAGCCCUUCGUCAACAAGAAAAUGCUGAAGAACAAAUGACUGAUACUUCAGAAGCAGAUACAGUUGCACAGCCUUCAUUAGCUCUAGGAGAAACGUUCGAUCUAGAACCCGAAUCUCUUAGCCGUCGUGGUUCAUUACCCGCAGUAAUGUUAGAAACUGUUGACAAAAUGGGUCGUCGUCAUUCUGUGCCAUUGAAUUUAGCACGGGCAACCCAAGUACCAUGUACUAUAUUUAGAAGGGAGAGUGUUACUUCACCAUCUACACUUAUGGUUCAAGCAGAAAACAGACGAAGAUUUACAUUAGGCCAAAUUCCUUAUUUAGAAGAAGAAGAAGAGGGUUUGAGUUUAUCACUGGGAUCAUCUAGAAGUAGUGGCCUUCAAAGAUCAUCAGAUGGUGGUAGUUAUAAAGAUGAUCGCCCAGUUAGUGCUGAAAAUCUCAUACCUGAACCUAGUAUAGCUACGAUAACAAAUCCAACAGAAGCAAGCCGUUUAUGUAAUGUGAUACAUGGAGUUACUUCCCCAGUUCUUCAAAUGAAUCGUGGCCUUACUCGUCAACAGACUUUCCCUCCAAUUCAACCUUAUGUUAGAGCCAGAUAUCUCUCUACUGGUGGUGAAAUAGUUCCAUCUUCAUCUUCUAGUGGUACCUCAACAUCAACAACAUCAAGCAGAACUGGCUCAACAAGUAGUGAGAGUUAUGGUAGUAAUGGAAUAAAACGAGAUUCAAUUCUUGACACAGACAGGGUGUUUAAACUUGCUAGAUUUUCAGAAAAAGAAAAUGUUGACCCAGUAACACGAACCACUUCAGAAAUAAGGCGUAAUAACAAUCAUAUGAGUCAAAUUUUGACAAGGAGACGGGGUUCUGCUCCUGUUGAAACAAUAAUAGGUGAUUCCUCGGGCUUAACUACAAAAGGUAUUGAAGCAAUUCCUAGACGUGGAUCUGUGCCUUCAGAUUUUUCUAAACAAAGUGCCUUUUUAAAGGUGGUGGCCACAGGUCCGCUUAGCACGAAUGGUCGCAAACAAGAUGUGAGGCGUUCAUCGCUACCAUAUGAUUCUAAUAUUGGGUUAUCCAGCUCACCUCUUAUUUAUACUUCUUAUCCAGAGAGAAGGGGGUCAGAUGGUAGCCGCCCUGGUAGUAGAAGGAGACGAAGGAAGUCAAUAAAACGACGUAGCUCUGGAGGUCUUGAUGUUUUACUUUCAACUGGCCAUUCUAUGGACUCAUUUUUAGCACAUCGACGUGGGUCAUUACCAGUUGAAAUUUUGGCUACAUCUUUCUCAGGCCCUCAUUGAAGAAACAAUCACAUAAUUUAUGCAUUGUGUGUAGACUGACAUUAUAAAUAUUGGACGAUUUAAAAAUUUGCACAUAGAAACUUAUUAUGUAUAAUAAUGAUAUUUGUAAAACUUUGCAAUACUAUAUAAGUUUAUUCAAGCUGACUAAUAAUGAAUCAUAAAUAAUAUAUGGUCUUCCCGUCAAUAUUUUUCCUAAUAAUUAAUAAGUAAUGUAUAAUUGGUAUUAAGUCAAAUACUAUGAAUUAAGCUAAAUUUCUUCAUCAUUGACCAAAUCUCAAUAUAAAUAAAUAUAUAGUAUUCUUUUUUAACUUUGUACAUACUCAUACUUCGCAAAUCGUAAAGUUGUGUUUUUCAAUAUUAAUAUACAAAUCUAUUAUUUGUAAAAAAUUAUUUUCACCAUCUCUAUCUGUCUAUAUGGUACAUAUCAUGCAUUUUUUGACAACCAUCAUUGCCUUUUUUAUAUCCUUAAUUUUUAAGCUUUACAGGUUACUCAUAUGCUAUUCUUGAGUGUCAUACCUGUUACCCUAUAACAUUCAGGGUAUUUGCAUAUACUAAGUAUUCAGGGUUAAUUACCCUAUCAAUAUUACUUUG